CAUUGUGGAAUAGCAGAGAUUUUGUACCAAAAACUGCAAAUCUUAAAGCUGCAAAUGGAAACAGGACUUUUGAGUGUGUCCUCUGUGUGAGGUGCCAUUGCCAUCAGGAGUGCUGAAAUGUUUAGGUCGGUGUGCAAUACAUUAAAAUAAAAUUCAGUUAAUGUGAGUAGGCAGUGUUUCUCAAGUUGAAAGAGGUGUGAAGGCAUACAAGUGAAUAUUUUUGGCAAUGUAAUCAUUCAAAUAAAGAUUUCGCUACAAACUGACGAACAUGCAGGGAUGUCACUGAUGAGCACAAUGGCAACAGGAAAAACCAAAUAAACUACUGUAAAGGGAUGUUGAUUGCCAGUCAAGAUGUUUAUGUAUAAGCGUUUACCAAAUGUAGUGGUAUUUUCUCAUUUCUCAAUUUUGUGCCUGCUCUCUUCUCUAGUUUGAGACUCAGACAAUAUGUCAGUUUGACAUUGUACAGGAUGUCACAAUUCCUAAAAUGCAUUUGGAGGAGAGAGGAGGCACAGGUGGCUGCUUUUUAAAAGAGUUUACUGGUACUCUGGCACUUCGUUUCAAAAGGAAAUAUUCAAGAUCUAAGAGUAAUACUCUGAUUAGAAAAAAAAUGCUACAGUUGUGUUCUAAUUUCCCAUCAAAAUAUUAAGAAAUGAAGGGUGGCUCAAAUCUUUUGCACUGUAUAUGCUUCAAAAAUGUGUAUACUGAAGUUCUUUUUUCUUGAUUCUGAUUCAGAUUUUUCUAUGCAGUGGUAUAAAGUAUAAAAACGAUCAUCAUAAAAUAUUUUAACAGGAAGGAACUUUUCCAUAAUGAUGAGCACAGCCGUGUUUUUUUCCCCUUUUCAUUGAACACUAUCUGCAGACACUACACAAUGACACAGAAAGCGCACUUAUUACAGAUCGUCAAAUCACUUGCUACCCAUGCAGUUCGCAAACUUAGCAUCUUCCUCCCUUUUAAUACGAUUCCAAGUCCUCUUUUCUUAAUUGUGUACUUUUUCGAUUCUCUCUACCGAGGAUGAAGCGUUCAAUACUUUCCUGAAGGGAUCUUUACGUCUUAUUUCUUAUGUUUUAAAAAAGACAAACAAAACCCAAAGAAAAAACAAACAAACAAUCAAACAGAGGGAUAAUGAGAAUAAUCCCCACCCCCCGUUUAAAACAAAGGGCAGUGAUAAUCCAUAGUGCAGCCAGACAGCGUCCUCUGUCUUCCUUGCUCUUCACACCACAAAUACCUGGCGAGAAGAUUUGGAUUAAGACUAAUGAACUGGGAGUACAAUAAUCUCCGUUCACGGCGGAGGACCGCCUCAUUGUCUCGCUGUAUGAUUUUUGUUUGUGCGCCUUCGAAGGCUAAAGACGAUGUCUAUCCGGGGAUAUUUUGUCGCUUUUUCCAAAUGCACAAUUUUUCUCUCGCUGAGGAUUUUGUUUCUUGUACCUGCAGGGUUGCAGGUCCGCAGCCAAGGGGAUUCUCAGUCCUACAACAAAGUGAUGGACAAUAUCACAGUCCGACAAGGAGAGACGGUCUUUCUCAGGUGUGCACUCGGGGAUGUUGUCACACACACAGCAUGGCUUAAUCGGUCAAGUAUACUGUAUGCUGGAGAAGACAAGUGGUCGAUUGAUCCCAGAGUGAGUUUGGUGACUCUUAAUCAAGAGGAGUUCACCAUCAAGAUUGAAAAUGUGGACAUGACAGAUGAAGGACAGUAUGUGUGUGCAAUCCAGACAAGCAGUCGACCAAGAACCACCUCAGUUCACAUCCUCGUCCAAGUGCCACCAAAAAUCACCAACCUGUCAAGAGAUGUUGUGGUAAAUGAAGGCUCUAACAUCACCCUGAUGUGCCAAGCAAGUGGUAAACCAGAGCCUUCCAUCAGCUGGAAGCUCAUCUCCUCUUCAGGGGAUCUGGUGUCAGAUGAUGAAUACUUGGAAAUCCCAUCUAUAUCCAGACAGAAAGCAGGAACGUAUGAAUGCACAGCUGUCAAUGAUAUUGACACAGAUGUGCAGACUGUAGACAUCACCGUCAACUAUGCUCCAGCUGUGUCAGAGGGCAGAGAUGUUGGAGUGACACUGGGCCAGAGAGGAGUGCUGGAGUGUGAGGCUGAUGCAGUGCCUGAGGCAGAUUUUGAAUGGUACAAAGAUAACAGAAGGAUCUUUAAUGACUUUGAUGGUAUGGAGAUUGUCAGUACUGGAUUAGGAUCAAAGCUGACCUUCUUUAAUGUGUCUGAUGGAGAUUAUGGCAACUACACCUGUGUUGCCAUCAACACACUUGGGAGUUCAAAUACAAGCUUCCUUCUGUUUGUGGUAAUUGAACCCACUAGCUCAACACUUUUGCAAGGACCGAGAGCAGUUCAGGAUGGCAGCGGCAGUGCAAUGAGUGUGCACUCACACAACUGUCUCCUCUUCAUUAUGAUUCUGUCCUUCCUGCUUAGAUUUUGAAGAUAAAUUGAGUUGAACUCCAGUGUUUUGUGUGUGUGUGUGUACCUGCGUGUGAGUGUGUGUAGGUGUGUGUGCGUGUGUAUGUGUGUGCGUGGGAGUGUGUGUGUGUGCGUUUUUGUUUUUUCCAACUGAAACCAUAAACUGAUGCACAUUAAGUGCAUGAUUUAAUCUGCACUGCAUUGAUGUUGACCCGCUAAACAAGUAUGUCAUUGAGGGUCUUUUUUUUUAAGAUUUCAAGGAUGUAACAAAUGUUUCACCUUUUAAUUGAAUUUUGUUGGAUAUUUUUCUCUUUGAAUCAUAUUAUUCUGGAUUUUCUCUUUUUACCUGUGAUUCUAAAAAAAAAGAUUUUUAAAAUGAUGUCUCUUAUUUUUAAAAAGUGUCUCUUAAUCAAAUGGAUUUGUCUUGAAUUUAACCACACCGAAUAUUCAUGUCUAUUCCAGGAAACAGCAAAUUUACAGCAAAUAUAAGAAGUGAAUUCUAAAUACCUCAAAAUUAAACUGAAAGAGUCAAACACAAGGUUGCCCUGAGGCUGAAAACCUGGUAUUAUCAUAUUUUAAUGUGUAAUAAUUAUCCUUUCGUCUGGUUGUUGAAAGCAGAAUUGUAGUAUUUUUGUUUCCACCAUUAUAGUGAUAUAUUUGCACUUGUGCUAUGCUAAUCUUUUUAAUUAUAUUUUUUCAAUUAUGUGUAGUUUUAAAUAUUUUUAAGAACGGGAAAUAUGAACUUGUAAUUAUUUGGGACAAACCCCUUACUUUCAUCUCUUUGUCAUUUUUUGUUCUUUACUCGUACUGGUUGUAUACAAAAAUGUUGUCAAGAUUAUUAUAAUUAUAAUUAUGUUAGACUUUAAUAUUUACAGAUGGAGGGAAUGUUAGCUACAUUUGUAUGGAGUGGACAUCUGACUUAAGUAAUGCAGACCUAUUAAUGCUAUUGAUAUUUGUUUAAUAUCAUACCAUGUAUACAUGCUCUAGAAAUUGUUCCUGUUUAUGUUCUAAACCAGCACUGGAGGGUUACAGAACAGUCGUUUUGAGUAGAUUAACACAAAAUAAACUCUUUCUGCAUGUAUUUAGACACAAAUGACCCAAAGACUAUAUUUCAUAAACUUCCUGUUUUUCAAAUCACCAAACAAAGACCCUGAUUUUUAAGUAUUGUCUUCUCAUUAACUUCAGAGUAAACUAGAGGUCUUCAUGGGUACAAAAAUGUCUGUCUGUGCAAAAAUGUACUACAGUGAAUUAAAGUGGAUUUGCCCAUUUUUUUUUAAUAUUGACCCAGAAAUAAUAUAGAAAUAACACCUGGGUUAAAAAAAAGGUCAGAAAAAAUAGGUCAGAAAUAAAGACUAUAUGUAAAACGUGGCAUAACUGCAAAUGAGCAUUUAUGCCACUGUGACAUAAUUGCUCAUUUGCAGUCUUAAGAGUUCCUUUUUCAUUGACAACCUGAGGAAAUUAUUCACUACCAUACAAUAGUAACUAGAAGCAUACAUUGUUUCAUCAUUAUCUGUAAAUUAAACUAUAAUGCACAAAGUGAAGAUCAUAUUAGACUGAAGCUGUAUUGAAAGUAGGAACUGAGACCAUAAACUUAUAAGAAAAAGGUUGAAUUAGCAAACAUUUUGCAGUAAAGACUUUCAGACUUCUGUUGAUUUGGACUUUAUAAAUUAAGCAAUUAUUCUUAGCCUAUUAGAAUGAAAGCAGAUUUAAGGUACUUUUGCUGCCACUUCACAAUUUAGACUUAUAGGCUAAGACCCAUCUUUAGUAUUUUGUCCAUUAUCCAGUCCUAUACAGAUCUACUGACAUGGGUAGACUCAUGAAGACCUUUAGAGUAAAUGUGUUGUCUUUUGACACGAGUAAAAUACAAAAUCAUUGAUACUCUUAAACCAAAAUGUACAGUAUAGGAGUCAGAUUGUGAGAUGUUGGUCAGAAGAUUUAAUAAUUUUAGACUUUACUGUAGAGUAUGCAAGCCAACUGCAAUAACUGAGACUGAUUAAAGGUCUCAGCAAAUAGGCCACAACAGUUCUUAUCACCUGAUAUAUAACUUGCAUUAACAGAAAAGACAGAAUAUAUGAGAAAACCUGAAAAUCAUAUGUUUCAAUAUGGACAAAUAUCAGUGCAGGCAGAGUGUCACAGGCAGCAAACAAUCAGCAGACCUCCUUUACCAUAUUUCAUUGUGAGCAUGAGAAUUUUAUGCAACAAUCUGUAACCUCUCACAAAAUGACAGGAAGAAUUAAAGCUGGUAAUUUCUCUCUUUCAUAUCUCUCAAUUUGAAAAGAGAUUUGUACCAAUUGGCAGACUGUACUUAACAUGGGUAUGCUUUUAUGUUAUUUAGUGGCAAUAACAAAAAAUGUACAUCUGGUGUUGAACUACUGGCUUUUGUAAUGAAAGGGAUUGCUUUAAGACAUUGUGCAUCCCUUGCAAAAUGCUGUUUGUUUUUACUGUCAGUUUCUAUCAGAGUUUUGCAAUUGAAGGUUUCCAUUAACACUGCAACAAACAAAAACAGUGAAUUAAAACAAAUUACUAUGUCUGUUUAAUGAUGGGAGAUGUUGCCUUUCUUAUCUUCUGAACGUUCAUCACACCUAAAAGGAGGAAAGGGUACACAAAAGCAAUGACCUCUGUUCUUUUAAUAUACAUUUUUUGCCCCCUUUCUCAGUCUUUUCCCUCUGGCUUGUGUCAGCACCACUGAGGCCCUAGUCCAUCAUCCACAUUCCCCUACCUCUAUCUUUCUUUUCUUUCCAUGGUUUUUGGGGAUAACAACCUUUUCACUCCUUGGUGUGAAAAGAAGAGCCAACAUCCAAAUCAGAGAGGCAUGAAACGGGUCGUUUUAGAAACUGAUCAGGAUAAUCACGACCUGAAUCUGACAGGCUAAUCAUUGUUUGUUUUCACAUAUCAGAGAGAGGGAGGGACAGAGCUGCAGAACAUUAUUUAUCUCUAGCACUCCAAUGUUUGGAAAUGACAUGGUAAUUAUUCCAUCCUGGGUUGAAAGAAGGCACUACCAAUCACACGUCUAUCCUGCACAGUCAUUUUAUGACAAGAUUCGCCACAUUUAAGAUGGACUCACAUCAGAUCAACUCAUAGGGAAGUUUUUGCAGUGAUCCAUUCAAUACUACCUAUAAGCAAAUGUUUAUCAUCUAGCCAGAUUUUUUAAUAGCGCAGCAAUAAACACCUGAAAGUCUUAUUUCGAUUUUCCAGUACAUUUGCUGCUGAGUACUUGCUCACACUUAGUAGCACAUGUACAGUUUGAUCACUAUCUCACAAGGUAAUCGAAACUGUGAGAAUUAAAAAUAUGACUUUAGAACUCUACAAAUUUUUUAUAUCAAAUACACCUGUUUAUGAACUUGCAGUAAGAUCUCUCACCAUGGAUAAAAUUUUGCAAAUUGCUUAACACUGAGCUAAGAAUGUGAUAAAAAUCUUGAUGCAUUCUUAAUCAUCCAGGUAAAAAAAUCCCCAUACGUUGAUUCUGUUCAUGUGGACGUAACGCUUUCAGUGGGAGAAAUGUUUCGUCACUCAUCCAAGUGACUUCUUCAGUCUCAGCUGACCCCACCUUCUUCAAAUCAAACAAAAUUGAUGGCAAACAUUUAUGCUGGUUUGUGCUUCUAAAAUGUUAGUUUGUAAUGCUUUUGUAAGAACAUUAAUGAAAGUUUCAAGGUCAAAAGCCCGUAUUUACCUUUUCUAAUAAAAAACAUCCCUAUGUUGUUCUGAUUAAUUUGUAUUUUGUUAAUGCAUAGUCUAUUUUAACUAUUACGGUGAACCUAUUUUUUUUUUACUUUUGAGACUGUGAUCAUGAUAAAAAUAUCAUGGUUUAUGUUUCACAAUGUUUUCACAAUAAAGAAAGGUGCUGGGUGACCUUGGAUGACCUCUAGGAACUUUUAUUAAUAUAUUUGAAAUUAUUAAAUUAUUAUUUAUUAACAACCAGAGACCAAAGACUAUUCUUCAAUGACAACUGAUCAGUGGCCAUCAGUACCAUUCAUAGAGAGUUGGGAAAUGGCUGCAAUCACAGCAUUGUAAGAUAGCGAAAGAUGUACCCUUAGGCUCCUUCCUCAAUUCAGAGAUGGUCUUUCCCUUUUCACGUAAAUGGCCUCCUUCACUCCCCACUCAAACUAGCACUCCUCCCUGUCCAGGAUGUGUAGACCAGUUUUUGGCGCAUUUACUCAAGGCCAUCUUGAUAUGAUGUUUUUCUGCUUCCUUGGCUGCUGUAUCUGUGGGGAUGGUGUUCGCUCUAUGUUGUACCAUCCUGAUCACAACCAGUUUUUGCUUUAGUGGAUGAUGAGAGUUAAACCUUGAAUACUGAUCCAUAUGCGUAGGUAGACGGUACACAUCAACUUUUAAAUGACCCCCAUUACUGAUGAAAAUCUUACAGUGUAAGAAGGCUAGUCUGUCAUUUUUCAUAUCCUCCCUGGUGAACUUGAUGUGUUUGUCUACUGAGUUAAUGUGAUCAGUGAAUUGUGGUACAUCCUGAGAUUGUCAUCCACAUACCUGAGCCAAUGACUUGGUGGUUUUCCUUACCUGGAUGCAUCAAGACAUUUUAACCCACUUUGGCAAAGACUGCCUAAAGCUACUACAUGAGUACGAGAAAACAGCAAGUAAGAUAGCUGACUCCAGGAUCCACCUGAGAUUCAGCCUCAGAUGCAGACAAAACAGGAUUACUCCUAAAAUUCUGCCAAUGAGAUCAUAAGUUCAAGGCCUCCAAGAAACAAAAAUCCCCCAGAAGGCACAGAACACAACUUUUUGGGAACGAUAAGUAUCAUCCAUGAUCAGAGGAUGACAUAGAGAAGAGUCAAUGCCUGUCAGAUCAUUGUUGAAAAUCCAACUGGAUUAUAUUUUCUAAAGCUUUCGUGUUGGUCUGAGAUGUACAAAGCUAAGAGUAAAAGGUAAUUUUAAUUUCAUUGUUUUCAAAUCCCUGUUGUUCCAAACACAGAAAAGGGAAAAGCAUGUGGAGAAAACCUAUGCAUGCUGCCUCUUUACAGGCUUAUUUUGGAUUUUUUUAAGCCUUUUGUAUUACCUAGUGCCAGUGUUCUUGAUGCAUUAUGGACAUUGUCAGCCUCAAGGUUAGACAAGCUGGCUUGCAGAGCAGUUAAAUAAAGACAGUCAAAUUGCAUGUUGCGAGGCAGUGUAAUGAUUUGUGCCACACAACACAGCUAAUUUCCCAUUUAAUGCACAUUUAGUUGAAAAACCAAAACAAAAUCUUUCUUUGUCCUCAUGUUGUCCAGUUGGUCUUAACUAGGUUCACUUUAAUUCAAACUCUGUUGUAAUUAAACUUUUAAUGUUUCCCUUUAAUGUGACUACUAUGGUUCAAGGGUUUGUGCUAAAAUAGAAAUUGCAUGUGUUUUGGAUAACCUUCCAGCUAACCUUAAUGCAGGCGUAUUUAUAUCCAUCUUUGCAGACUAUUUUGAUUGUUCAAGUCUUUGAACAGCUUCAUGAUGUUUCUGUCUGCAGGUUUCUGUUUUGGAAUAACAACAUUUUGAUUGUUUCCUGUAAUACAGCCACAGGCAGCACUGGCUAACAGUGACAAAUCAUAGCUACAUUAGCUUGAUACUUAAUUAAUUUUCAAUUCUUGGACAUUCAAAGGAACUACACUAGUUUGAAAUACAUCUGAAUUUUCCUUUAAGUAAGAAGUCUGACCUUGUGUGAUGAUUACAGUGUUUUGCUAAAUGUCAUUUUUUUAUAAAUAAAAUAGAAUUAAAUUGAAAUUUAAUUUAAGAAAUCAUUCCCUUUAGUAAUUAAAAGUCAAAAACUGAUUGUGAAAGACUGCACUAUUACAUUUAGUUUUUAGAAAAUAAUUUAAAUAUUUUUUUUGUCUUGUCACUCUUUGCCCUUUAUCUUUUCUUUCCCCUCACCCCAAACCAGCCAUUGCAGAUGGCCGCCCUUCCCUAGGCCUGGUUCUGUCAGAGGUUUCUUUCGUUAAAACGGAGUUUUUCCAUCCCACUUUCUAGAAGUGCUUACACUUAGGGGGUUGGCAGAUUAUUGAGAUUUUCCCUUUAAUGUUGUAGGAUCUUUACUCUACAAUAUACAGUAUAAAGCACCUUGAGAUGAUUGUGGUAGUUUUUGUGCUUUGGCGCUAUGUAAAUGGAAAUAAACUGAAACGAGUUGAAUUAAAAUUGAUUCUUUUUCCACAUGCUAUGCACUUUCAGCAACUGCACAUAAUAUGCAUCUCUUUCAGGCAAACUCAACACAACAGGAGCUGACAUACCUAUUUAAAUUGGAAAUAAGCAACCACAGUAACAAUUAAUCUCUCAGACAAAUUGAAGGCAGGCAUAUUGCAUUUUUUUUUGUGUCUGCACUAUGUUAGAGCAAUGGCUCCCAAUUCCCACCAAGCAUGACUUUAAAAAAAAUUAUAUGCAAGUCCUAAUCAAGCCAAACCCAUGACAAAAUCCAGGCGAAUGAGCAGAGGAUCUUAGAAAUACAUAUUUCUGAUCCUGCACCAGCAUUCAUUUAUGAAAACGCACUGAGAAGUGCUGGAUACACAUAAUUUUUUUGUUUCUGUGAGCCAAUUUUGAAUCACAGCCCACUAAGAUUUGUAUUUUGGAAGCAUUGCAUGUUCAUGUUUAUAUGACCAAUUACAAACAUCUGUCUCAACUGCCCGGAGAUUAUCUUAGCAGAUUCAUGACAUUGUCUCACAAUAUGUUGGGAUUCAUUUUUGGAUUAUUUACAUGACUAAAAUUCUACCCUACACUGAAAAAAGGCCAUGUUUGAUUUACUUGAUUCAAUAGUGGACAUUGGCUGCACACAAAUGUUUUGCUUUGGCAGAAACUUAAACAACUGAGUUAAAUCAACACAACUUUUCAUAUUCA